GUUAAGUAUUCCUUACACCAACAGGAAACGCCUCUGGGUAUAUUCACAGAGGAGAAACCGAACAAUGAUCGUUGCUAAUAAGAUUCUAUCCAUUGUUACACACAGAGACACAAGUACCGGCUGGUACUCAUCUAUAGGUCAGCAAUGCGUGUGCGGUCAGUCGGUCGGUCGGUCGGCCGGCCGGUUGACUGUCAACUGAUUCACCCAUUUACAAUGUUCGUACGUCUGGUUGCACGUAUGUAUGUGCAGUCAUUGUCCUGGGUAAUUAGGAUAAAAGUGUACUACGCAAUUAAAGCUUCGUGUGAAAUAAACAAGUGAACAGUACUAUAAAGCAUUACAUAGUUCCCGAUCUUGAUGGUACUCGAAUGGUGUAACGACUUAAAUUGUGAUGUACAAAGACUUUUAACGAUUAAUUUGUCGAUGUCGAUUCAACGCAGACUUUUUAUGAACGUUAUUUAGAAAUGCUAAAAAUUAGAGGCUUUAAUUUUUAAAAUAUUUAAUGCUACCCUUUAAAAUUAUAUAAUUCGUAAUAAUUAUAAACGCUCGUAAGUACGACAAACAUUAUUUACUAAAAGAGAGCAAGAGAUCACAGAUUAAUAUUAAAAACAUCUAUUGCAUUUAACAGUACGAAUCUCGUAAGUGAAAUUGUAAAGUAUAAUGAUAAUGGAAACAUUCGAUUCAACGUAGUCGCGUACGAAGCUAUCAAGACCAAAGAAUUCGACGAAUCGUCUAGAAUUGUUCUACGCAUUAGUCUCCCACGUCUAUUAAAUUCAGGCGUUCCGUGAACCACGCAACGUUCACCUGCACGGUGGGUAGUAGGUACACAGAAAAAUGUUAAAGACGCAUGUUACCGCAACAUUGUACGUUCGACGAGUCGCACGCAUACACGCGACGACAUGUGGUUAUCGGGAAGGAAAAGAACAACGAAUAGGAGCACCACCGCGACCACAUCUACAGGAGUCGUGGUCGUGGUCGUCAGAAGUGUGGCUCGAACGAGAAGAGAUAUCCUCCGGUUCGUGAGAGACCUAUAUAACUGUACUGUGUGUCUGGGUCAGGGGGCGGGCCGCCACGUUUAUAGUAUACUCUCUAUAUCGGACAGGUGUACCCCAUUCCGACUCCACGAGUUCUCGCGUGCACCAUCGGGCGACAGCCAGGCUGCAACGUGUCUUUCUAGCUGCCUUGACAGAUAUCGUGGCGCAUCGCGGUAAACACGAAGAGAUCAGUCGCACGGGGAGCCUUCGAGGACACUUAACGAGUCGUUUGGAAGAGCACGAAUCAGCAGCAACUGGCUUUGGCAAACGUCUCUCGGGUCCUACCUUCUCGCGCCGUUCGCCGGUUUCGUCCUCGUUUUCGCCACUGAAAUCGGUCGAGAUCAAUUGUCUGUGCUUUAGAGAGGCUCCGACCGCGCGGGUACGCGGAGAUUUCGCGGCACAUGGUGCUUCAAUCAGUGCGGUGCAUUGCUCGAACCCUCCUUUUCUUUCUCAUCGCACAUCUUUGACACGGAAUCUGGAAAACAGAAGUCAGAAGUUCAUCUGCGUUUUCACGUCUACUUUCCGAUUGGACAAACGUAAGAUAUUUUUAAGCUGUACGUAUCGCGCAUAAUGUCGAUAAAUCGCUUGUAAAUAAUGCCUUGCAGAAAUUUGAUAGCUUUAUGUUUAUCGAUGGCUAAUCGAUGGAGAUUAGAAUCGAUGAAAAGCAGAAAGUAAUUAGAUUCUUUGACCAUGACUUUAUAUGAGGCAAUUACGUGCGAGAUCUUUUAGACGUACUUAUUGUAGGACACCAUGAAUUAACGAAUAAUUACCACGUGUUAAGAUGAAAUUCAAUUAUUGGUUGAUAACGAUAAGAGGAAUUGAAAAUCGGAGAAAUUAUACGGUAUGUACCGCGUUAUAGUUAACCACGUGGUAAGCGCUUUCGUUCUAUCGGACGUGCGCACAUGUGCGGCUACAGUUGACAGCUGCUAGUCGAUCAAGAAUUAUUACCUCAUGAAAUAGGUACAGAAAUCAGUGAAGCGAAAUAAUUUCAGUUAAUCUUUUUGUUAUUGUAAAUCGUGAAACUUUUUCGUAAAAGAGUAAAUAUAACAUCGAGUAGAUACCUAUUUCCAGUCAAACGAAACUCGUAUAAAUUAUUAAUGACGACAUUCCAGCUAAGCUUAUUACUAAAGAUAUGCCGGUUUAAGUAUAAUUAGCAUAUGCAAGGAAUGAUUGGUAACAUCGAAUUAUGUUACUUUCUAUAUGAUUGUAACACGACGCACGCCUUUACUAGGAAAACGCAUCGAGUUGCCAUCAAGUUGUCAGUUUGCUCUAUUACGUUCGAUUACCAUAUAAUCACUAGAUUAUAGACGAUAGGGUAAUGUAUAUACAUUAUGUGACUACAUUUCAUAAACACAUCAUCAACGAUACUAGCAAGUAACUUCGCUUUUCCAUUUAUUGCAUACGAUUAUGAGCUUUUAUCUAUCUAUUAGUUAUCCUGUUUUUGUAAUUUGACAUUGAUUCUAAAUCGACAUUGGUUUACAUGCCGACAGAUUGAACUAACGAGACAAAACUGAUUUAAAGUGAAAAAGUAAGAGAAAGGUGGAUAACGAGCCAUUAAAUUCUUAUAUUUGAAUUCAACGAUGAAAGAGUUAACUCUUUUAUUUCUGUUAUAUUUUAACGACAGAAACGAUUCGCAUAGUCUUCGUUAUUCCGAUAGUGUAGUAAUCGAGAAGAAAGGGGAACGAGAAUAUAUUUCAACUCUUUUUCCAUAUGGGUCACUAUUAGCUACGCACUUAUUAUGCGAAUGUCUGACUUUGGAAUUACCACACCGCUGAAACCGUUAUAUGUAUUUGGCACCAUGCCACAUCUUCAGCGUGCUCGAUUCAUGGUUAGCAUGGAACAACGGACGUGUAAACAGCCGCCGGUGAUUUUUAUUUAAACAUGGCCUCGUAGUGAAAGAAAGAACAGGUGUCGUGGUCUAUCAUGGCACGAAUCGUAAAGCAGAAUAAUAAUUAAUGUAUGCCAGUAAUAAAUAAGCGUUUGUGACUUCACCGUGUUAACGGAAUUCGGCGUAGAUCGCGAUUUCUCAAAGCAACGAAUAAAUUAUAUACGUUGCACGUUACGAACAGGAAGAAACACUACUUUUAUUGCGGCUGCGUUAUGCCUCGCCAUCGCAUAAGUGGAAGAGAAGUAUUUUUUAAAAAUUCUCUGUAUCGUGACCGUAAAGAAUUAUCGAAUAUCAAAUAAGUUUGAAUCACUUUAAACGAAUUUUCGUAUAGAGAUCGAUAAGAGUUUCGAGCUGAUCACCUUUAAGAAGUUUUCAGCUUGCUAUCAUCGAAGUGGCACAUUAACGACCACUCAAAUCUGAAAUCGGUGAUUCGUUUCGUGUAUCGCCUGUUGUUUGACUUGAAAUAGGGCAGAAAUCUAUUGCCAAGGACGAUUUUAGCAUUGAAUCCACGUAAGUGGAUUCGGUACGCCGAUAGGUGAAAACCUACUUGCCUACAUUCAUCGGUAGUUUUCUGUGUAUCUCGAAUUCACCACACGAUUAUGGUCGAUUCGCGAUCAUUUUGCCUUGGAAAUCUUAAUUUUGUUUCAUCUUUUUAUAUUUGGAAAACACAGGUACUCGCCAUUAACCAGUCACCGGAAACAUCUGUAAGGUCGAAUAAUUAUCGCGGAAGGAAGACAUAUAUUUCUCGAAUACAUAAUACAUUACCUGUAUUUAAAUAAGGUUCGUCUUCCUCUUUCGAUACUUUUACACGUAUGAAGGAACACGGUAAAGUCGAAGGAGCGCGGAAAAGCCGACACGAUCACGAUCGUUUCGAUAGUGAAAUCAGCUUACGUUUCUUCUCAGUUGUUAUUUCUCAGUGAUGGCAAAGAGAAUCGAUGAUCGUUGGCGAAGACAACGUGCAAAAUGAUUUAUGAUCUUUUCUGAAACUCGGCGCGGCUUUGACGAAUUUGUUUUAUACCUAUAGUUAUCGAUCAUGGCAGUCUGGUAUCGCGGACUACAACGAGGUAACGGAGCGAAAACCCGGACAUUCGACAGGAAUUUGGGACAGGUGGCCUAGUGGUCGCAUGAAGCGAGCGUGUCUGAUAAUUGACGAUUAAACACGAGCGAGGUGUCCAGUGAUGGACCGGUUCGUCCAUUUAAUGUUCGAUAUUUUCUACUAACAAUUCUUCGUAUCAUCUUAAUCGUACAUCGAUUCAGAUUGCCGUGAAAUAAUCGCAAUUACGAGCUUUUUACGGUGCAUAUGGUAAUUUCUCCGUUUCUCAAUCACGAAUUGUACUUAAUUUCGUUAACUUGGGUAAUUUCGAUGACCCAUUUAUCUCGAUCGUAAAAGGAAACCUAUAAUCUUCGAUUGGCCAUUAUUAUCUUAGAUAUUUUAUUUGUUAAUAACUCUAGGCGUGAAUAUUGUUUGUAUUAAUUUAAUAAUUUGUUUGUAUUAAUUAAGAGAUUGUAUUAAUUUAAAGAAGAACAAUUAUUUUUUCAGCGGUACGGUUGGAAUACUUCACCGUGGACGCUAACACGGUAUGCGGUGGCGAAUCUUCAUUUUAGCCUGUCUCCUACUAAAGGGGCUGGCUCGAACGGAGGAUGUCGAGGUAGUCGAGGCAAUUCCCGGAGAGGACAGUCGUAACGAUAAUUCAGCCUUGAAUCGUCAAGACAACGACAUAAAUACCUCGGACCAAUUGGCGUUAGAAUCGUUAGGCGAGAAGGAUGCCGGUGGUAAUCAUUAUAAACCGGGUGGUCUCCGAGGUCAUCCCCUCCCUCUGCCGCCAAGUCGAGGUGGACUGGGACUGCCACAUCCAAGACCACACCAUAACGUCGCGUAUCAUGGUCCACCGCCACCCUUGCCGCCAUCGAAAGCGUCAUCGGAGGCCAUCGACAAGAUCUACACAACGGGUAGUGGGAUUAGCACAGCUGUAGGUGCAGAACCCUGGCCAGCACCCACGCCAGAUAUGCCGAAGAUCAUUUCGUUAGACGUGAAGUGCGAGAAAAAUUUGAUGAAAGUUUACCUCGGCUUUGAUAAACCGUUCUACGGUAUAGUCUUUAGCAAAGGCCACUACAGUAACGUUAAUUGUGUGCAUUUACCAGCAGGCUUAGGGCGCACCUCGGUUAACUUCGAGAUUAGCAUUCACGCGUGUGGCACAGCUGGCAAUACAGAGAAUGGUUUAUACGGGUACGGCGCUGAAUCCGGGUCAGGAACGUACUUUGAAAACAUUAUCGUGGUGCAAUACGAUCCGCAAGUUCAGGAAGUUUGGGAUCAGGCGCGAAAGCUGCGAUGCACUUGGCACGACUUGUACGAGAAAUCUGUUACGUUCCGUCCGUUUCCAGUCGACAUGUUGGACGUGGUGCGCGCCGACUUCGCCGGGGAUAACGUUGGUUGCUGGAUGCAAAUACAGGUCGGGAAGGGUCCAUGGGCGUCCGAAGUCUCGGGAUUGGUUAAAAUUGGUCAGACGAUGACGAUGGUACUCGCGAUAAAAGACGACGAUUCGAAAUUCGAUAUGCUCGUGAGAAACUGCAUGGCACACGACGGAAAACGAGCGCCGAUUCAACUGGUCGAUCAGAGAGGUUGCAUUACUAGACCGAAGCUUAUGUCGCGGUUCACUAAGAUUAAGAACUUCGGCGCGUCCGCGUCGGUACUCUCCUACGCUCAUUUCCAGGCGUUCAAAUUCCCCGACUCGAUGGAAGUGCAUUUUCAAUGCACCAUACAGAUAUGUCGGUAUCAAUGUCCAGAGCAGUGCUCCGAAUCUCCUUUGUUGCUGGAGUCUCAAGGUCUUUUGGAGAAUCAUCAUCCUCCAUCUAGUGGUCAUCCUGACUCCGGCUACGGUCUUCCGCCCCCUAUUCCGCUUCCUUUGGAAGCGUAUUUGCAGGCGGCCGCGGGACGUCCUCGAGACGAAAGACGAAGAAAAUCCCGAGAAAUAAUGCCGAGUCCUCAGAAGGCGGUCGGAGUCAAUCGUAUAAUACGAGUUGUUUCUACAGGUGACCUGACGUUUUCCAUCGAUGAGUCGAACAACGGAGAAUCGAGCGGAUCGACGAUGAUCUUCCCUGUACGGAAUGAGAACACCGCGAACGCGGCUAUGAUUUGCAUGACUACUCCAGGUUUCGUCGUUACUCUCAUAGUACUCCUUGCCGUGUUAUUAUUCUCGUGUAUACUCUCCACCUACCUCUGUCUACGCCUAAGACCGUUCUCAGGAAAAGCUAGGAAGGCUGCGACGUACUAUAACGAAGAACAAAGCACGCCUAAAAAGUCAACCAGGACGUGUUUUUACUCAUAGGUACAAGCGGUCAUAGCAUUGUGAAACAUGUACAUUGUGAAACGUUAUGCUGUCGAUCGGCUUUACUUUUGCGUAGAGAAGCUUCGUAUCAAGCGGGUUUCUUCCUAGAGACCGGUUUGACGAUUUUCAUAGUGUUAAAUUAUUUAUUGAAGCAGGUAUAAAGCUAGAUGCGUAUAUUAUUUAAUAUUUCGCCACGGGAUUGCCCAAUAAAUCGGUCGCUGGAUCUUUUAUACCGCAAAGUGUACAAUUUCGUUCUGGUAACUUACUUGUUAGUUGUUAUUUCGUAUUUAUUCUCAGACCGAUCAAGAUUUAUAUUUAAUAUAUCGAAUGUCGCGCAAACCGGUCCUCUUGGUCGCGCCAUUACAGGUAUCGUAGAGGCUACAGAAUGUCGCAAGCACAAUUCUGUACAUCGACACGUAUCAGACAAAAUAUUGUUUGUAUUAAAAUAAAUAGGAUGCUCUCUGCUACGUGUAGAAUGUCUGUUCGAUCAGAACGGUCGACUAAUAUGGAUUUGUGCUUCGUCAUAACGAAACUUACGCUCAAGCCCUUGCUGGCGACUGUGUAUAGACACUCUGAAAAUUUAGUCAAAGAUAAUCAAACAUUUUGCCCUUGCAACUUCUUCGUUACAACCAUUUCGGGACCAUGGUAUCUGGGUAUUUCCUUUUUUAAUUAAUCGUUACCCGUUACAUACGUAUUGACAAUAUGUAACUCGAUGCAACUAAGGCUGAAAUAUUACGAAAAAAUAGUCCAAAAAAUGUUUGUUUUUUAACAUUGUUGACGAUAUUAUUGUUUUAAUAUUAUUUAUUUAUUAGAUAAUAACGUUUCAAAUGUUUGCGGCUUUAUAUGCUGUAUCUUGUGUAUUUGUAACGGUGUAAGAGCCAGUCACUAUUAUGAAACUAUUAAAAAAUCUGCUAUCUCGAGUUGAAUAAUUCUAUGUAUAAGUUAACAAUAAAUACGAAACGUUUCGCUUCAGUGAAGCGAACACUUUUAUACGUUAGUUUAUGUAUACACGCGUUGCCAUGUAACGGAGUUUCUUCUUCUAACUAAAUAGACUAUGUAUCUUUAUUUAAAACAUCGUAUUAGCAAUUAUAGUAAAACGUCGAUUAUUUUCCAGUAAAUGAUUUUGCGUAUAAUCGGCUUAACAGAAUUAAAAUUUCAAACUUUCCGUAAUAGAAUAGAGAAUAAAAUAAUGUUUAAUGAUAUACACUCGUGUAUUGUAUGAAAGAACGCGUAGUACCGAAGUGUAAGAAACAAAUUAGAUUUAGCUAAAUUCGCUACUCCUUCUGAAGUAGAUAUUUGACAGGUUAUCACAUUUUUGCGCUUUCAUCCAUUUUAAUACAAUAUCCAACGAAUUAAAAAAUUUCACUUCUACCUUCCUAAUAAUAAUUUUUCACCAAAGGUAGAUAAAGAAAUAUUAACUGUAGUCACAAGUUUACAUUCUGAGUCAUCAUUGUCUGCGUUUCUCUUAAGAUAUCGGUUUAAUCGAUGAUGAGACGUUCCAAUUCGGUUUUACAUUGUUAUUGUAAUUGCUACAUGUUUCGUUUAAAGGUAAAAUGUAGACGUGUAUUUCGAAACGUGAGUAACGUUGAUAUGCAACUCAGAAUGCUACAGAUAGAUGAUAUAUUCUUGAUUUUGAUGAUGAUUAUCGGUCUGUCGGGCCUGUCUGUCGGCCCGUUUGCGAUAUAAUCGACGUUUCACUGUAAAGAAAUCGAAACCGAUGUGUGGAAAAUCAUAGACAAUAAACAACGAUCAAUCUCGUAUUAUUAUAUGUAUCGAUCUGUCGUAUACGAAAAAUGGAGUUGAAUAAUUUUUUCCGCUAAUUGCACGAGUGAAAGAAUAUGAUACAAAGCGUUAAGAUCAAGUGUAUAAAAGAACAGUCAGUAGCUUGUAAUAGCAUACAAAAGAUUAUAAUUUAAUACUUAAUAUUAAUGCAUAUAAGCUUAUAGAUAUAAAAAUAAAUAAUUUAUAAAUUAUUUUUCAUCGAUGAAAUAAUGUAUUUUUUACAAGAAUAUUAGUACUUUAACUUUUGUAUGCGAGUAAAUAUAUAAUUGUAUUUACCAUACUUUUUUA